GGAGGGGCCGAACCGCCCCGCAGAGACCCCAAACACCCGAACCGGUCCGGAGGGGACCCCAACCGGGACCGUCCCGUCCGGUAGGACCCGAACCGAACCUCCCAAAACUCCUCCGGAACAACCCGAACCCAUUUGGCCCCGCGAUGCCCGCUCCGUGCCGCCCCCCGUCCCUCCUGCGCUGCCUCCAGGCCCUCAGCGCCCUCCUGGCGCUGGCGCUGGCCGCGGCCCCCGGCUACUGGAACCCGGGCGAGGGCGACGGCUGCUUGUCCGCCUGGGCCUUGUCCUUCGUCUUCACCACCCUCCUCCUCCUCAACGACGCCUUCCGCCGCCCGCCGCCCCGCCGCGACCUCCCGCUGGCCCUGGCCACCGCCGCCGCCAUGGCUUGCGCCACCGCCACCAUCUUGUGGCCGCUGGGCCACCUCCGGGGACACGAGGGCAGCUACGGCCGCCCCCGCGCCCUCCGCGCCGCCGCCACGGCCGCCUCGGCAGUGGCCACGCUGGCCUACGCCGCCGAGGUGGCCCGCGACAGGGCGCGACCCGGCGAGGCCGCUCCUUACCUGGCCACUCCCUCGGGGCUGCUCAAGGUGGCCGAAGCCUUCCUCGCCCUCCUCCUCCUCGGGCUGUCGGCCGAGCUGGACGCGGCGUCGGGGGCGGCGGCCUUGCGCUGGUGUCUGGGCAUCUUCUGCGUGUCCUUCGUGCUGGGCGUGCUGCUGGUCGGGGGGUGCCUGCUGGGCUGGGGGUGGUGCGGGUGGAUGAGGGACCCCGAGGGGCUGCGCUGGGGGCUGGGGGUCUACGCCGGGCUGGGGGUGGUGGCCUACGGGGCGGCCACGGUGCUGUGGGCGCUCUACAGCUUCUCGGACGACAUGGGGGGCCGGUCCCGGAGACCCAGUGGCUGCCCGGCCACGUGCCCCUGGGACAGGAGGGUGCUGGUGGCCGUGCUCAGCGGCCUCAAUUUGGUGGCGUUCGGGGUGGAUUUGGGGCAGACGGGGAGGUUGGUGCUGUUGAGGGCCUGAAGGGGCACUCCAGGGUGAGUGGGGAGGGAUCCUGGGGGGAGGCGGAACCGUAAGGGGGGGUCUGGGGUCUCCCACAGGUUGGGAUCAGGGCCUUUACGGGGGUCUGGGUGAUUCCUGGGGUGGGAUCAGGCUCCCUAAGGGGUCUUGGAUCCUCUGUGGGGCAGGAUUGGGAUCCUAAGGGAGGUCUGGGGGUCUCCUCUGGCAGGUAUUUGGAUCCUAGUGGGGGUCUGGGUGGCCCCUGAGGGGGUAUGGGACCCUAGCUGGGGUCUGGUGUCCCCUCAUGGGGUGGGGUCAGGCUCCAAAUGGGAAUCCUGGACCCUCUGUAGGGCAGGAUUGAGCCCCUAAUGGGGGUCUGGGGUCACCCCAGGGUGGGAUCCAGCCUCUCUGUGGGUCUGGGGUCUUCUACUGGGCUGGGAUCGGGAUCCUGAUGGGGUUCUGGGGUCACUCCAGGGUGGGAUCAGACUCCUCAUGGAAUCCUGGACCCUCUGUAGGGCAGGAUUGAGCCCCUAAUGGGGGUCUGGGGUCACCCCAGGGUGGGAUCCAGCCUCUCUGUGGGUCUGGGGUCUUCUACUGGGCUGGGAUCGGGAUCCUGAUGGGGUUCUGGGGUCACUCCAGGGUGGGAUCAGACUCCUCAUGGAAUCCUGGACCCUCUGUAGGGCAGGAUUGAGCCCCUAAUGGGGGUCUGGGGUCACCCCAGGGUGGGAUCCGGAUGCUGUGAAGGUCUGGGGUCUCCCCUUGGGGUGAGAUCAAGCCCCUGCUGGGAGUCCUGAGUCCUUUCUGGGCAGAACCGGGCCCUUCUCAGGGUCAGGGUCCUCUCUGGGGAGAUAAUGGAACCCUAAUGGGGAUCCUGGUUCCUCUGCGGGGUGGGAUUCAGCCCCUGAGGGUGGUCUGGGGUCCCACCAGGGUGGGAUCGGGGGCCUGAAUGGGUUGUGGACCCUCUGUGGGGCAGGAUCUGGUGCUUAGGGGGGUCUGGGAGCAAGUGCCUGAGGGAUCCUUCCUGGAGGGAUGGUGGGAUCAUAAGGGGGGCUUGGGGAGGGGGACACCGCUGAGGCCUUAACCUGGGGGGUGCGGCUGUGUUGUCAUUAAAGGGACAUUUCUGCUUCUUAA